GCUUCAGCUCAUCUACCCGUGGGAAAUCGCGGCCUGUUCCGCGCGCUAGAGAGAAUUAUCAGUUAGACUCUGAGAAUUAACUUUUGUUCCUUACUAUAGUAAUUGGCCGCAUUUUAAAUAAUAAAUAAAUAACAUCAACAGUUUUUCAUAAUACAACAAAUGAUUAAAGUUACACAAUUGUACUUUAGCAUUUUUUAGAGGAGAAAUAUUUUUCCUGAUCCAUUUGAUAAGAUCCCUUUAAACUAAAUAACACGCAAAAAAACAAAGGGUUUGAUUGAAGAUUCCACACUUAGUUCACAAAGCGCGCAUACAUUCAGACCACGCUACUUUGUUUUGGUUUCGAGGCGGGGAUGAAUCGAUAUGUAAUGCAAUUGAUCUAAAUCGCGCCAACUCUUUUCAUUGGUUUAAGUCUUAUAAACACGCAUACCAUGAAUGCAGUCAAGCAAAUACUUGGCUCUAAGCCAAAGGUAUAUAUAACGAGAAACCAGACAGAAAGCUCCGCGCAAAAUAGUUCCUCGUCUGCUUUUAUUUUACUUUUUGUAAAACCACCUAAUUUACCUGUUAUGUACAGAAAUCUUACAUUUGUAAUAUGUUUAACUAUAAUUUGCACAAAAAAUAUUUUUAUGGUGCCUAAAACUUUUUGGAACGCCGCCAAGUGGGCUGGGACCUCAUCUGCGUAGUAAUCGUGUUCUAAUUCCCGCAUGUUGAUUUGAAACUUCAUAGUACAAACACGGAGUCCUAUACGUUCAGAUAACAACAAGCCUUGGUCGCGCACAGAGCCACGUCGGGAUUCUUUAUAAGCAUUGGAUUUUAACAGUAACUUAACAACAAUGUGCUAGUGUUAAUCAUGUUCAAAAAGCAGGAAAAUUUAAACAUGUUUUCUUGCAAUGGAAAUACUCCUCAGGAGAAAGAUGCGAAAGCUAAAGACAAGGACAGCUUCACAAAGGCUUACAAUGUCGGACAAACUUUGGGAAGCGGUGGAUUUGGCACUGUUUACGCUGGAACGAGGAAACGCGACAAUAUGCCAGUCGCUAUUAAGUUAAUCGCCAGAGAAAAAGUGAUCGAAUGGGGAACUAUCAACGGACAUCAGGUUCCAUUGGAAAUUUGUUUAUUGAAGAAAGUGUCCGCAUGUGCUGGAGUUAUUAAAAUGUUCGAGUGGUAUGAAAUGAAAAAUUACUUUGUGAUUGUGAUGGAAAAACCAGAACAUGUACAAGACUUGUUUGACUUUAUUACUGAAAAAGGUGCUCUUGAUGAGGAAACUAGCCGAAAGUUCUUGCGACAAAUUGUGGAAACUCUGAUCGCCAUUCAUAAAAAUGGAGUUGUACACAGGGACAUUAAAGAUGAAAAUAUUCUUAUAGACUUGAAAACAGGAGAACUUAAAUUAAUAGACUUUGGUUCAGGAGCAUUUUUACGAGACACAGUGUACCUUACUUUUGAUGGCACGAGAGUGUACAGUCCCCCAGAAUGGAUCAGGUUCCAUCGCUAUCAUGGCCGCUCAGCAACCGUCUGGUCUCUGGGAAUUCUGCUGUUUGACAUGGUUUGCGGAGAUAUUCCUUUUGAACAAGACGAUCAGAUCAUGAAAGCCGAAGUCUGCUUCAGGGGAAGACUUUCACAUGAAGUGAAAGACUUGAUCAAGAAAUGUUUGUCCAUCCGUCCGUCUGACCGCCCCAGUCUAGAGGAUAUUCUCAGUCACCCAUGGUUGGCCCCUGCCCAGCUGUCUGUGGACAAACUUGCAAUUCGUACCCCCUCAAACAACAACAUGUCCUCGACAGGUUCUGUGGAUGGGGAAAGCAUGAGCAGCCAAGAAAGCAUAUGAUAGCGGUAGAAACUUUAGAUCCCCAAUAGUGUUCAACGCCCUGAAGACGCGCCAAAACAAAUCUUCAACGAACCAAUGCAAGUGCUGGCGCGGCACUUCCGAUUCCGAAGCUCAGGGAAGUGUCCGACUGAUGGACACCACGCCGAAAAACCAGUCCUGGGAAUAUUGGAAGUCUGAAGGAGGGAGGCUCUUCUCCAAGAAACCUUCUUUUUAGUUGAAAUAUGAAAAAAUACUGGAUGCCAAAGAAAUUCCUGACAAAUAAACGUUUUAACCUGAAAGGUGCGAGAACUCUCUCUGUCUAGGGAAAGUGAUGCUGAAAUAUGCAACCAAUGCUCAAAUACUGUAUUCAUUUGAAAGGAUGAUCAAUUCUUUUUGUAAGAAAUUGCAAAAAAAAUAUUGCCCCAGUAAUUGAUAAGGUUCAAACAAUUGAGUUUGACCUUAACACUGCCAUUCCAAUGCAAGUUAGCAUAAAAGGGUACUUUGCAUUGCUGAACAAUUUCCCCUAAGCAUUUUCAGAAAAUGUUUUUUAUACAAAUGUCUGGUGCUAUGUCAAUCAGUAAUUCGUUAACUUAUUAAUGUGAGCACAUUUUACACCAACUUGACAAGGUGCCCUGGAAUUUUGCCAUAUUGCACCAUACAGAAUUCUAUCUUUCGACGUUUUGGUUUUUUAUCAACAAAACCAAGAAAAAAUGUAAUGCUUUUGACUUAAUACUCUAAGAUCAUUUCUCUUCCGAAAUAUCACUUGACAUUUAUUCCAUUGUCCUGGUAAUUUGUAUGAUUUAAUUAUUCAUUGUUCAGAAAUGCAGGUAUCCCAUCUACCUGUAAUAGAUUGCCUACACCUCAUAUUUCCGAUAAGCCGUGAGCUAGCUAAUAUCAUUUGUAAAUAGUCAUUUUAAUUUAUUGUAUAAAUGAGUGGGAUGUUUUUAAAUUUUGGAGAAUUGUGUGUGAAUUGUACAAUUGUGUUACCCGACAUGAAAUGUCACGUGUGUAAGGAUUAUUUAUUACGGGUGAAAAUUUGCCCCUCAUUGCAUCAUUGUUGUAUAUAACUUAUUUUUUUAUGAAUGAUUAAUAAAUGGAAAAAAUCCUUGUUUAAAAAUAAUAAAAUAAAAUUUGAAUUUUAAAACAA